AUGGUAUUGCACAAGUGGGCUGUGGUGAGUAGGAGCGCCCCACCACCACGGGGACUUCGGCCCAUCGCCCGCACAAUACCCACCCAUCCGCGUCUGCGUCCGGUAGACUACAAAAUACCUUAUGUGCUACGCACUUUUAUCAAAGAUCGACACACAAGUGAAGUGCAACAUUUAGAGAACCGGGGAAUGUUUGCAGAGGAGCUUAGUAUCGAGCGCUCGAGGUUCCCGCGUUUUCAUUCCACUUUCACUAUCCAAACUGACGGUUCACUCAACGAGAGGGAGUUCGAGUUUGCUGUUCCUCCGAUAGUAACAUUGUUCCACGACCGGCUUUCGGCCCAUCGGGAGCGUCAACUGGAGCUGGCCAAGAUUGGGAAGCUGAGGAAGGAAAGGAAUUGGGAGACGGAGCAGAAGGGCGAAGAAUCCGUUAGCAUGGCAUGCAACGCCUUGGCUUUUCCAUACUGUAUACCGAAGAACAUGUUGAAGAGGUCGAGAGUAGUUGAUCCACUAAAUAGCAAAUCAUCUACUCAGGGAGUAACCUCGGGGGGAGGGUAG